AUGAAUACACAGACCGCCACCGCCGCCCAGCUCUCUCAUUGGCGUCGUCAAUACGGCACCAGUUGGUUUGACGGCGCCGAUGAGAGUAGCGGGGACUACGACCUGUGCGCGGUCGAAGACGAGGAAGAGGACGAGAACGAGAGAUGGUGGGAAGAAGACUCCUCUGCUAUCGAGGACGAGGACGAGGAAGAGGACGAAUGCGACAUGGUGCAGGAUGUCGUACCUGAGGAACUUAAGCAACAGAAGCUUGGUGUCCCUAGCAUCAUGCUCACCACUACCGAGGGAAACGUCUUCUUCGGCAAUGCUAUCCCAGAGGGAACAUGGUGCACCGAGUCCCGUGAGUCCCUGGAUCUGCGCACAAAACACAUCAACAACGCAGAGACGUUCCUCUGCCCAGGCGACUGGAGACAGCUCCGCAACGCCUACCGCCUGUGGCAACAGCAGGAGUAUGACCAGCGGAUGGAGCAAAAUUUGGAGCUGGAGCAAGAACGACAGCAAAAGGAAAAAGAAGAGGCCGCAUUACGCGAGCACCAACAGCUCUACGCGCCCCUGAUCUUCCUCACGACCCCCGACGGCGACAUCCUCGCGGGCGACGAGAUCCCAGAGGGACAACGAGCCCAAGAGCCCUGCGAGGCUCGCCGCAGGAAACAGCAAUACGCCGCCAACGCAGAAACGCAACUGUGCCCGGGCAACUGGGAAAAGAUCCGCGACGCCAACCGCCCCGAGGAGACGGAAGAAGACGCGGUCCUACACGUCAACCUGCGCGAGGCAGAGGCCGCACUUCCCAAGGGCAGCCGCAGCUGGCAGAAGCGUCUCGCGCGCGUGAACCAGCGCAGCCAGCGGCGCCGGGCGAGACAGCAGGAGCUCGAGGAGGCGGAGCGGCUCUGGCGGCUGCAGAAGGUCCGGGUGGAGGAGUUUGUGGCCGAGAGGAGGGCCAAGGUUGAGGCGCUCGGGAGGAUUGGCGCGGCGGGGGAUUUCCCUGCGUGGAGUCGGAAGAUGGAUCGGGAGCAGGGGGAGGCGGAGGAGAGGCUUAGAGUGCUGAGGAGGGAGCUUGAGAAGAUGUUUGAGGGGGGUUGUGGGGAGGAAGGUGAGGUUGAGGAAUGA